AUGGUGUCCGCCCUGGGCUACCGCCUCGCCAUGACAGCGUUCCUGCUGGUCAUUCUGUUCAGUCUCUUCCACCUGAGAACUCGCCAGCAAGGAAAUGUUAUCGGAGACAUACAGGAAAGCACAGGAACAAGCGGUCUUCUCCGCAAUGCAGUAUCAGGUUUGACGUCUUCGCCUAGGAAGAAGCCAGGAACAGACUGCCUAGCAAUGAUGAGGCAAAAGUACGGCUUGAACAGGUUCACGCGCGUAGCGUGGCAGGACGAUACGCGAAACGUCAACUUCCCCGAAGGAUUCCCGGUCGCAGAUGCGCAUCAGUGUAUGCCAACCUUGUCAACGAAGAAGGUCGCUGUCCUUGUUGAGAUGCGUCCGCAACCAAACUGGGUCUACCAUGUCAUCCACUUCAUCCAUACGCUCGAUGAUGAUUGGCCGUUUGUCAUCUACCACUCGAGGCACAAUGAGUUGCUGUUGCGCGACGACCCAGCAUUACAGCCUCAUAUACUCUCUGGCAAAGUACAACUGCAUCGAUUGAACACUGUUUUCCCGACAUCAGAAUCCAUCUCACAGCUCUUGACGCAUGCACCUCUGUACGAAGCAUUGGCGCCUGCUGAUCACAUUCUCCUUUACCAGAUCGAUUCGACCCUCUGUGCAGCAUCGCCUUUGAAAGUCGAAGACUUCUUCAAGUACGAUUUCGUCGGAGCACCCAUCACGCACAAUGAUGAUGAGACCCCGAUCUUCAACGGUGGCUUCACUGUUCGCAAUCGGAAUGCCAUGCUGCAUGUCAUCAAGAACGAGCGACCUUUCGACCAUCCCGACAACGAAGAGAAGUACGAGGAUAGAUGGUACAGUAUGACAAUGGCCAAGUCGAAUCACUCAUACAAGCUACCGACUGCGAAAGAAGCUGAGCCUUUUGCCGUUGAGUCGCGCUUUCAUCCAUUGCCGGUUGGUGUUCAUCGGCCAAGAGUCUAUCUGCCACAAUUUGCGGGCGCAGAGAGGGUGGAAGAGCUUUUGCGCAAUUGUCCGGAAGGCGACCGUAUGCCCGACAAAAGUGGUGGCCAUUUUGACCCUUGCCUCAAUGAUCCCAACAGCAAGGAUUGCGUCAAGAGCUCAAAGUGA